AUUUAACGUCUCAAGUCAAGCGACGCCGUAACAACGCUGACUCACAACUCAAAACCUACAAAACGUCUUUGCAAGGCCUUCAACACUUCCCUGAUAUAUCCCUCAUCAAAACCGUGCCAAAAUGCGAAUACUCGGGACAAAACUCGCGCUUUUCUCGAUAUUAUUAAUAGCACCGAUCUUUAUCUUCGUCAAGGGAGGAUAUGGAAGUCUUGAGGGAGGAUGUAGCGGGGCUUCUGACAGUGGAAGCUGUGGUUCUGCUCCUCAGGACGGCGGUGGACCUUCAGCGGACGCCGGUUCAUGUGGUGGCGAUGCCCCUCCAAGUGGCGGCCCCUCAGAGGGCAUGUGCGGUGCCCCACCCAAGGACGAAGGAGGCUCUUGCGGGGGUGGUAGUUCUAGCCCUGGCCAAGGCAUGUGUGGCGCUGGUGGUGGUGGUGACGGUUCUUCUGCUAGCAAGCGUUCAUCGGACGCCGGUUCAUGUGGUGGCGAUGCCCCUCCAAGUGGCGGCCCCUCAGAGGGCAUGUGCGGUGCCCCACCCAAGGACGAAGGAGGCUCUUGCGGGGGUGGUAGUUCUAGCCCUGGCCAAGGCAUGUGUGGCGCUGGUGGUGGUGGUGACGGUUCCUCUGCUAGCAACAUGCCACAAGUUUCUCGGAGUAUGGAAAGCAAGAUCAAGCUGCGUCGUAUUUUGAGGAAAAUUGAUACCAACAAGGACCGGAAAAUCACCGAGCAGGAACUGAAAGACCACAUCAAGACAAUGAUCGAUGCUCGUCUCGCGGAGGAAGGCAAAAAGCUAAUGGAACUGUACGACAAUAAUAUGGAUGGCGGUGUCACAUGGGACGAGUAUGCUAAUAGGUCCGGCUACAACAGUGGCGACCUUUCAGAGCCCACCGGAGAUCAGGAAAAAGCUAAACUCAAUGAAAAGCGUCGAUUCGCCGCUGCUGAUACCGACAAGGACGAAAAACUAACAGCGGUAGAGAUUGCCAUGAUGAUGAUGCCAGAGGACUCCCCUAAUAUGGCAGACGUGGUGAUUGCGGAAUAUCUCGAUAAUUUUGACAAAGAUAACGACGGAAAAAUCUCGAAGAAAGAGUUUAUUGGGGCUGGUUCAGAAGAUGAGAAGUUGGACAAAGAGGUAGAGGAAGGCUUGGCCACUCAGUUUGAUGAUGACGACAGGGACAGCAGUGGAUUCCUGGAAAAGGAUGAGAUUGCUGGUAUGCUAAUGCCUGAUGAUGCAUCCCUGUUAUUCCGCAACACCGACACGGAUAUGGAUGGGUUUCUGACUGAGAAGGAGAUCUAUAAGAACUACAUGCAGUUUGCCUCGAGUCGCAUCACUGACUUUGGGGAACUUAUCAAAGAAGAUAAAAAAGUCACACAGGAAGACCAAGAGCCCGAGAAGAAGUCAAACGAAUCUGAUCCACAGAAAGACCAAGAAACUGAUAACAAGACAAGCAAGAAGGAGUCACAGGAAGAGUUGCGUGAGGCCGAUGAAACGCCCAAGAAAAAGGAUGAACUAUAAACCGUUAUUGUUGUUGUUGUUUUAAUUUCAAAAUAUCCAAGAAGUUGAUUGUUUUUAGUAUAAUGACUUAGAGAAAUAAACGGUUGCUCUUCUAA